AUGGUCAAAUGUGGAACGGAUGGCUUGAGAGUUGAUUAUGUCCCCUCUACGUCUGAUGCUGUGUUGACUGUCCCUCCUCGAUGCGAUGCAAUGGAUUUGGAAGCACUAGUAUGGGAUAAGCUGAGACCAAAAGAAGUGCGUGUUGUGAUGACGAAGGAAGUUAGUAGCACUAGAGGGGAAGACGGCAUAGUAUAUGUUCUCGGUGGAAAUGAUCAUAUUUAUCAACCAUUACCAUUAGGAGAGGCAAUCGAUGGAUUAGUCGCUCGCAUAAUAACAGGUUCGAUCGCCAGGAAGAUCCAGAUAACUGCGUUCGUGCUCUAUCACGCUCCUCAUUCCAGCUCCUCUGCUAUCCUCAAGUUGGCUGAUGCGUUGAAGACUACGGGGGAAUGGAAACUCGAUUUGAAGAAAGUUCGGGAUGGAUUCCUGAAAUUGAGUCCAUCGAUUGACAACAGAGUUUCGGUUUAUAUGUGA